UGAAGUUACAGCGCGCGCUACAGUCGGGCCACUUCCGCCAUGACCGUAGGCCCCGCUUUAGUCUUUCGAGGCACAGCUUUGCGCUGCACAGCUUCCCUCUCCGUCUGCAUGUCGCUUGUACGGUGCAGCCGUAUCGCGCAGCCUGCUCUACGCCAAUAAAGUGCAUGCCAGGGCGCAAGAACCCGCUGCAGAUAUCCCGGAUAACUGAACAAAUCCAAACUGCGAUCACGGCCAUAUCUUCCAAGACGGAGGCCCCAUCUGACCCGCUCGCUCUCGCCAUCACCCAGUCGCGACUAGAGAACAGACCCAUUGAGAUGUCGUUCAACGACCUCGUCAUCCAGUUCCAGGGAGCGUCGGGGCUGCCGAAGAUGGACGUAGUGGGGUCCGCAGAUCCCUACUUCGUCGCCAAGCUUGAUGGCAAGCUGCAGUACAUAUCAUCGGUGAAGGAGAACACACUGUCACCCGCCUGGAACGAGGCGUGGAGGAUCAAGAAUGUUCCGCAGGGCGCGGUCCUGGCGGUGGAAGUCAUGGACAAGGAUAGCAACAGCCUGACGGACGGCUAUGUCGGCCAGUUCAGGCUGGAGGUCUCGUCCGGGGAGAAGGAGCUCAGGAUCGAGGACAGGGUGCUGAAGCGGAAUAGGGGGACGUUCCAGCUCAAGAUGGACGUCGUGCCCUCGACGGACGCCGCGGCGUGCGACCACCCGUACCACUUCGACGGGCCGGUCCGCUACUCGCUGCACUACUCGCCGACGGUCGGUCGCCUGACGCGAGCGGACAGUCGGCUGUACGCGACGUGGAAGAUCUACAUCAAGGGCAUCCGCCUGUUCUUCGGGGACGAGGUCCAGGGAUGGAACCGCGACUACAGCAAGGCGCGGUCGAUCUUCCAAGGCCCCACGUCGCUCGCGGUGCGCUCAGUGAUACACACGGGGCACCGGAUGCUCUACGCGCGGUCCGCGGCGAACACGUUCGGCGUGCUCGAGGCGCCGUCGGACAUCCUGCACCUGCUACACGGGCACGCCGCGCCGGGCACGGACGGCGCGAGCGACCGCAACCCGUUCGCGCACCGCAUCAAGCCCGCGCUGUACACGUACGUGAUCUCGGUGGACGACGACUCGAUGCGGUUCUCGGAGACGGGGGCGCGGUUCCUGGUGAACAUGGCGUCGAAGCACGCGCUGCACUCGAACUGCGCGCAGGCGGUGCGCUUUUCGGGCGAGUUCCACCCGCGCCCCGAGGGCGGCUGGGACAAGUUCAGCGACGACAUGUCCGACGAAGACGUCCGAUGGGAGCUCGUCAUCGACAACAAGUCCGGGACGUACUCCCCGAACAACGAGCUCUUCCCGAAACUCAAGCAACUCAUGGAGUACAACUUCCCGACGUUCACCGUCAUACCCCUGGAUUACAGAGACCCGGAGCUCGCGCGCAGCAGCGAGGCAUGUCUGGCGUAUGCGACGUCGAAACGCGGUGUCAGCCCUGAGGACCUUGAGCCUCAUGUACCACCUUCUGAGAAGGAGUCCUUGAUUCAGCGCGCUUCCAAUCACCUCCACAUACAUCGUAUAUCUUCUAAGGCGCCAGAGGACGCGGAGCCUGACUCUGAGCUCGAAGGGCCAGCGUGUACCUACGAGCAUACGGAGUAGAGCAACCGUAGCACCGUACCUGAUAUACGAUACCUGUCUUAUACCUUGGACUGUAUUGCGCUGGUGUCUGUAUCAGUCGCUUGCUACCCAUUUAUGUUCUGUACUAACGACUCACCCGGGACUCACCUAUCUAUGACAAUUUAACAAGGCAGUAGCCAUUAUCGCGAAUAAAUGUCUGUAACAGAGGAAGCGACGAUGCAUAUCUUCGGAUAUAUCAAGCAGGGUAUGCGCGAUCCCGACGACUAGAUAACACUAAGAGCUACAAGUGCGUGCAUGGGGGAGACGGAUGAUAUUAAUGUACAGUUCGUUGUCUUUCCAACCUGCGAAUAAAUGACCUCAUAAAUCAUCAUGUACGCCGCGCGACUGCCGCAUAUC